AUGGGUAUGAUGAUUCCCUCGAGAGACAGAGACACGCCGGCAGAUAGAGUGCGAUCCUUGAUAACACAGAAAGAGAACCUCGAAGCCGAGCUGGACGCACAAGUCUCCAUUCUGAAGGCGAACUCCUCUACCAUGAAUUCGCCUCUGGUCGACGCAGAAGGCUUCCCGCGCGGAGACCUCGAUGUGUGGGCUGUCCGUCAUGCCCGUGUGCGCGUUAUCGAGCUGCGAAACGACCUGGACGCGCUCAGGGACACGAUCGCGACUGCGUUGCAAGGCGUAUUUGACCCCGCAACGUCGGCGAAGUCAGAACCGUCUACAACGCAGGAGAGCACUGGGUCUUCCAGCAACACAUUAUUACCAUUCGCGACGGUGAACGGUGUCGCGCCGGGCAGUCCAGCGGCAGCAGCGGGCCUUCUUCGAGAGGAUCUGGUACUUUCGUUCGGCUCAUUGACGCGAGCAUCAUUCCCUUCGUCAUCAUCCCUGCAGCCGCUGGCUGAAUUUGUCAGUACACGUGAGAACCGACAAAUUGCAGUCAAGGUGCUCCGAGGUUCCGGGGAGACGAUUGACUUGACUUUCACUCCCAGGAGCGGGUGGGGAGGACGCGGCCUACUAGGGUGCGUAGUAUUAUCCACGGUCAGGUCACGAAUACUUAGGCUCACCGGAUGGGUAGAUGCCACAUCGUCCCCUACAGCGGGUCAUGAUAGACCUCGUACCUUUUUGUAG